UGUAAGUGUAACACGGCCUUUAGUUAUAAACUAUAUACGAUUUUUUGUAAACGAUGCUUAAGAGCGAACUAAGUGCCGGGUGAUAAUAUUACAUGAAAGCAUGAUGCAUGCCGCAAGAUUUGCUUUGAGCUGUUGAGAGAUGAAACCUAUUAGAAUUGUGAACUGCAAUAACGAAUUUUGUGUACCUGAAGAAAAGCAUUAUAUAAACCAAGCACUUGAUGUCAGAAAUCAUCAAAGAGUCUUUUUGUAAUGUAAUAUCGCAACGUAUAUAUAUAUUUAUUUAAUGACGUAAAAACAAUAUUCAUACAAGAUUUUGUACUGUAAAACAGUUGUGGAAGUAUAGUUAGAAAAUACGAGCUAAUUUCGCAAGCAGAUACGUCGUACAAGCUAUAUCGAAAUCUGAUUUAUCAUCAUUAAAGUAAAUAUAUAAAAAGACCAAUUCACAAUCAUGCCUCUGAUCCGCCAGGAUGGUAAAGACACUAUCAUUUUUGCGUCUAAAGAAGAUCAUGCAUCGCCUUGCAAGAUCGAACUUCCUGAACCAGAACCAAGUCCUGGAUUGAUAUUACCAAAUGGGGAAAUAAAUUGGAAUUGUCCGUGUUUAGGUGGCAUGGCAACUGGUCCUUGUGGUUUAGAGUUCCGUGAAGCUUUUUCGUGUUUUCAUUAUUCUACUGCCGAUCCAAAAGGUGCUGAUUGCCGCGAGCAAUUUACAACUAUGCAAAUAUGUAUGUCAGAUUAUCCUGAAUUAUACGGUAGUAAAGAAUCUGAAGACGAGACGAAUCAAGCAUCGAACGCUGAAAUAUCAGACGUGAAAGACAUUGCCAUAGAAAGCAAGGAUAAGGGUAAAAAAGAAACAAACGAAGGAAGUUGACUGAAAGGAAAAAGACGUAAUAUCUCCAGUAGAAAAGAAGAGAUGAAAUAUGUUGCAAUACAAUAAAAGCCAUGCACUGAGCAUUUUACAGUACAGAUUAUCUUAUUCUUUAUUGUUAUUAUAGCUAUUGAAAGGGAAAGGGACUGGUUGGUUGGGAAAGCAAGUUGAUGCAGACUUAGUCUAAUAAUGUAUACAUUUGUGGAGCAUAUAAGCAAAAUAUAUGUACGUCACCUUUAUCUUGUUACUUCUUUAAUAUUUGUAAAGAUUUGUGCAGAAGUAAUAACAAUUAACAAGAUAAAGAAUAUAUCUGCAAAAUGCAAUUUGAUAUUGCACGAUUCUUCUCAUAAAGUUUAAUAUUUAUGUUUUUAUUAGAAAUGAAUUUAGUCUAGUUUUACAUAAAUUUCUAUGGAUCAUCAUAACAAUAAUUUGUGUUUGAUUCAAUAAUAAAAUUAAAACAAUAAUUUUAA